GUUGACCGCUGCUGGUUUGAGCUUGCCCUUCAUCCUGUUCUUCCGUUUCCCGUAGCAUGUGUACCACAGUCUGCAUCCCGGUUCGACAGCCAUCGCGGGCACCGGAAGUCUGCUAAUCUGUAUUCAAGUCCACCGCUUCUUGCUUUCUCUUUGCGCCUCUCGUCUGUCUUUGCAGCUCUCCAGCACACUAAUCAAACUAGAAACAUGGCAUCCGGAAUGCCUCACAAGAUCGACGUGCAUUCGCACUUCUUGCCUCCAGUAUACCAAGAAGCCCUCAAGAAACACGGCCACGCCAAUCCCGAUGGCAUGCCAUACGUUCCCGGCUGGUCUGCAGAAGAGCACCUCGCCCUCAUGGACAAGCUGAACAUCUCCAAAUCCAUCCUCUCCAUCUCAAGUCCCGGCUGCCAUAUCCUCCCCGGGGACGAUGACUUAGCGCGAUCUCUGACCCGAGACUGCAACAAAUACGCUUCAGACCUGAAGAAACAGUACCCCACUCGAUUCGGCUACUUCGCGGCCCUUCCUCUUCCAGACGUAGAAGGCAGCCUCGAAGAAAUCCCCAAAGCCAUCUCCGAAGGCUGCGACGGCUUCGUCUUCAUGACCAACACCCAUGGAAUCUACCUCGGAGAUUCAGAACUAGACCCCAUCUUCGACGAGCUCAACAGACGCAAAGCCCUCCUGUUCAUCCACCCCACAACUCCUCAAUGUCCUUGCUCUCCGGAAGCAAUCGCAGCAGGCGAGAAACCCGUGAAAGCCACACCUUUCGCAGAAAAAUUCCCAACUCCGAUGCUAGAUUUUUUCUUCGAUACUGCACGCGUAGUUUCGAAUCUCUUCAUGAGCGGUACGAUCAAACGCUGUCCCUACCUGCGAAUCAUCUUGCCGCAUCUUGGAGGUGCUUCUCCGCCUUUACUCUCGAGAUGGACGGGUUUUGGGAGACUGGUUCCAGGACCUUGGCAAGCAAUGGAAGAAAGCGAUGUUGUUGAAGCGUAUAAGACUCAAAUCUGGUUCGACAUGGCGGGUUUCGCGUUUCCGAGUCAGAUAAGAAGUCUCUUAUAUGGUGUCGGAGUGCCGCAUUCAAGGUUGAUGUAUGGAUCGGACUUUCCGUUCACACGCGCAGAUGGUGUGGAGCUCCUGCUGGGUCAGAUGGAUAGUGGUGUGAAAGAGCUGUUCAAUGAGGAAGAAGUCAAGGAUUUGUAUCAUCGGAAUGCGGAGAAGUUGUUGGCUUUGAAUGAGAGAUGA